CCGCGCGGGGCGGUGAGCGCUUCCUUGUCAAGAUGGCGGCUCCCUUGACUCUACUUUUGAUUGUAGCUGUUACGAUCCGCGCGGCUCUGUACAGAUCCAGUUUAGCGGACUUAAUAUCGGAGCGGGUCGAGGUGGUGUCUCCGUUAACGGCCUGGAAGAGAGUUGUUGAAGGUUUGGCUCUGCUCGACCUCGGAGUGUCACCGUACUCUGGAGAUGUUUUCCACGAGACUCCUCUCAUCAUUUACCUUUUCCACUUCGUGGUCGACUACGCAGAGGUCACGUUCAUGUUAGCCGAUGUGAUCACUGCUGUGGCGCUCUACAUGGCAGUGAUGGACUACAACAAACAAGUGUUCAGGAAGCAGAAGUUUGCUCUGGAGGCGGACCGUUACCCCCACGACUGUCUGGAGCUCAUCAGGACUCCUACAGAGAUGUACUACAUCCCUCUGAAGGUCGCCAUGUUCUACCUGUUGAACCCGUUCACCAUCCUGUCCUGCGUCGCCAAGUCAACCUGCGGCCUGAACAACGCCGUCAUCGCCCUCUUCAUUCUCUCCACGAUAAAAGGAAACGUCUUACUGAGCGCCGUGUUUCUGUCUUUGGCGACGUAUCAGUCCAUCUAUCCUCUGACUCUGUGCGCUCCGGCUCUGCUCUACCUCAUGCAGCGUCAGUACAUCCCGGUGAACUUCCGGCGAGCGAGUUUCUGGUGGUUCAUGGCUCAGUACGGCUUCAUGUACCUGGGCAGCCUCUCCGUCAUCGUCUGCCUCUCCUUCUUCCUGCUCGGCUCGUGGGACUACGUGCCGUCCGUCUACGGCUUCAUUCUCUCCGUGCCCGAUCUGACCCCAAACAUCGGCCUCUUCUGGUAUUUCUUCGCCGAGAUGUUCGAACACUUCCGCCUCUUCUUCCUCUGCGUAUUCCAGAUCAACGUCUUCUUCUACACCAUCCCGCUAUCCGUCAAACUCAAAGAGCACCCGGUGUUUCUGAUCUUCAUGCAGUUAGCCGUGAUCUCCAUCUUUAAGUCGUACCCCACAGUGGGAGACAUCGCGCUCUACAUGGCCUUCCUUCCUGUCUGGAGUCACCUGCACAGAUUCCUGAGGAACAUCUUCUUGGUGUCCUGCGUCCUGUUGGCGUGCUCCGCUCUGUUUCCCGUCCUCUGGCACCUCUGGAUCUACGCCGGCAGCGCCAACUCCAACUUCUACUACGCCAUCACGCUGCUCUUCAACGUGGCUCAGAUUCUGCUGGUGUCGGAUUAUUUCUACGCCUUCUUGAGGCGGGAGCAUCAUCUCACCUACGGCCUGUACCUGAAGAGGAAAGACGGCUCAGAGGCCACGCUGGUCCUGAAAUAAAACACCUGCUCUACCACACACACGCACACACAGACACACACACACACACACACACACACACACACACACACACACCUGUCUGACAGUCGGAGCAGAAACAAACAGCUGGAGGUCUGACGUAUCCUCAAAGGGAUCAAACACAGACUGAGGAGGGUCAAAGACCUUCAGAGACACGUCGGGACGCGCGUAUCCGAUAUGACGACUUACGCAAACCGUGAGUCACAACACGACAGACACCUGCAGAGCCGGGACGCAGACAUGUGCUCUCGUUUUACGGGGAUUCUUUUGAAGCCUUUUUCCUCCUGACAGACUCUCUAGCAGACGUUGGCCUUGCUCACUGGAAAGCUCCGCCCCCUCACACACUUUCUUCAUGUUGUUUUAUGUUUGUGUUGAAGCUGAUUUAUAAAAGACGGGACUGAGAGGGAAGUCAUGUUUUGAGGUUCUUAUGGAAGCCUAAAGAUGCUUGUUUGUCUCACCACUUCCUGCUGAGUUUUCAGUCUGCUCCUGAAUGGAGGAAUCCCAGAUUAUCCGUGUUUAAUCUCAGAUAAUGUUUAUAAACUCAGACAUCGUCCUGAUGAGCAGAAGCUUCAGGUGCCUGAAAACACGAUCGCUUGUCUAAAACAACUCAAACACUGACAGAGACAACAGUGAAUGUGUUUAAAAAACUAACGUCCAGGAUGUGUGGAGAGAAAGAUGGUGAAAAAGUCUGAUACUUUUAGGUACUACGUGUUUUCUCUAUGCUAUGCUAAGCUAACUAGCUUCUUCCUGGGCUACAUAUUUAACACAGAAACAUAAAGUGGUUUAAUCUUCUCGUCUUUGUUUCUGCUGUAACGAGCAUAACUACCAAAAACUUUGACUUCAACUGGAAAACUGAUGAUUUAUAAUGUUUGGACCGAGCCAGGCUAGCUGUUUCUCCUGUUUCCAGUUUUUAUGCUAAGCUAAGCUAAGCUAACUAGCUUCUUACUGGGCUACAUAUUUACCGUAGACACAUAAAAAUGGUCUUCACCUUCUCGUCUUUCUUUUUGGUUGGACUGGAAAACAAACGAUGGAAUUUAUAAUAUUUAGACUGAGCCAAGCUAGCAGUUUGAUGCUAUAACGUAUGCUAAGCUAACAAGCUGCUGCAUGUACAUUCAAAUUUAACAUGAGAGAUAUCAGUCACCCAUUUGGAGACAUAUGUUUUUCCCAAAGACGGCCAAUGACCAAUGUGACACAAAAAGCAGCAAUAACACCUCCUGAUUCAACACUAACCAUGCUACAUGCUGACAGCCUACCGUUUUAGCUUUAGGCUAACAAGAAACCUCAACAUCCUUUUUUUGCUUUACAGUAAAUAUUAAAAUACACAAUUGAUUAAAAAUGUCUUUCUAUAAGGGAUAUGAGAAUGUUUUGUUCUCUUGGCCGUUUUGGACGCCCCUCGGUUUGCCAGAUAUGAGAGCAGUUAUCAGGUCAACAGGUGUUGCAGCGAUGGAAGCGGGCGAGAGAACUGGUUCAGAUAGAAGUGAUUGUACCCGACCUAAAAAGCCUCUGCAUGUUUCUAAUAAGCUCCACGAGCAGAAACGUGCUCAAACUAGGAUCAAUAUUGGAGAUGCUUUUGAAAAAUGGAGAGAGGUUAGAACGCAGAAAGGUUUACAGACCGAUGCAGAGCUGGAUAAACACUGAAGCUUCAGUGUCCACCACAUGGUGACCUGAGUGAGCAUGGACUAUAGAGAGGAAGGGGGGGGAGACAGCGUUCUACAAUGUUUAGAAUGUGGACUGCAGUACCCAUCUUCAACACUAGGGGGUCAGAGUUACAGAUUGCUCCUUUAAGUUUUUAUUUCGUUCUUAAUUUUUGCCUUAAACUGCCUCCCAAAUGUUGCGACUCUCGUAUGAAGAUUAAUGAAUCCUUUUGUUAUGAUAUGAAGUCUACAGAUUAAUGUUUUCGUUCCUCUGAUGAUUUGAGCGAAAAAACUAAUGUCUGAAUUAAAGAGCCAAACAUUCAUUAAAGUGUAAAACUGGGAAUAGAAGAACUAUCAGACACUUAUAAUCUUUAUUCGGUUUAAGUUUAUUUUCAAACUUAAUCCAUGAUUUUUUACACGGUUUCCAUUUGAACCAUUUGUGAUAUUUAUUUAUUUGCAGCACUAAAUACUUUUCAGAGAGUUUUUGUUUCUGUUAUUUUUUAAAUCUUUGUUUGUGGGGGAGAAGAAGCUCUUCUGUUCUCUUUUGAUAUGUCUGUACAUAUUUCAGGUGUUUGGUUUGAAAGGGCUGACGUGAUAUUUAAUGAAUGAGUGAACAUGUUCUACAUCAUGAUUAUUAAACUUCAGGUGUUCAUUAUUUCUGUCUGUUUGUAAGAUUUCAUCUACAAAGAUCUUCUAUUAAAACCUGAGAUGAAAGACCUGACAUGAAAUCCUGCAGAGACUCUGAAGUCCCAAAAGGUUUUUAAAAAAGGAUCUUGUGUGCACAAGCAUCUUUGAAAAAUAAAUUCACUAACACACA